AUGCAGCAAUAUAUGGAUAUAAACUGCAUUAAGAAGGAAUAUCCGGAUGAUUAUGAAGUACCAGAAUAUGAAAUGGACAUAGGACCCAUUAAAAUAGAAGAGCGUCUGCAUACGGAAAUAAAACAGGAAUGCGAUGAAACACAGCAGACGAUAAACAGUUUGGGAGGUGAAAAGCAUUUGGAGUUCUGUCAAUGCAUUCCAGUCUCAGCCGCAGCCUCCACCGAAGCCAAAUCAAAUAAUCGUCGUUCGACUGUGAACGAACUGCGUGAACGAUUGAUGAAGGUGGACAUGGCAAGCGCUCAAGUAAAUAAAUCCAAGUCAAAUAACCUCAUUGCUGAGCAGUCCGGGCGACAGUCUUCCUCUUCAUCCCUGCUGCGUGCCCAGCAAAUGCGCGAUCUGCGCCAGCGUCUCAUGAAUUUGGAACGCCCAAAGGAAGCGCCUCAACAAAAGCCCAAGAUAUCGAGCAGCCAACGCAAACGUGAGCUGCAUCAGCGUCUGCUGCAGCUGGAUCAGAGAGGGGAACUAACAGAGAGGGGUAGAAGCCAAUCAAGCGAAGAUCAAGCUCGCAGACUCACAGCGAACUCGAGUGCCCAACAGGACACCAACACAGACAAUUCCAGCAACAACAACAACAACUGCUUCAGCUCACGUACAAGGACAUCACCUGAGCUGAACGUUAAGCGAAUGCACGAAUUUGGGUAUAAAAAUCCGAAUUCUUUUCAGAAACCAGUUACAUCGUCUGCAAAUCCAUGGAGCCAAUGUGGAGCUUAUUGUUUCAAAGCAUUACAGCCGCUGCUGGAUCAUUUGAAUGUCGUGUCUAAUGUAUGCCAAUCGAUGAACACGGAAUCCAGGCUGGACAAGGUCGAAGGUCAGGUAGCCACACAAGCAGGAACUCUAGCCAGCCACGGCAGCGCAAUCGAGGAGGUUAAGCUGAAAUUGAAGGAGCAAAAUACAUCAAUCGACCGUUGUAGAAAAGUUCCCUCCCUGUUUCAGCGAAUCGGAUCGAAGUUUUAUUACAUUGAGCAAGAACAGAAGUUGAACUGGUUUGCCGCGGCACAUAAAUGCACCACACUUGGCUCCCAUCUCCUCACCCUAGCUAAUCAGCAGGAACUUGAUGCACUUAUUCCAUACUUAAAGAGCGAAAAGUAUUAUUGGACUGAUAUCAAUGACCUUGGUGAAGAAUCGGUUUACCGAUCGCUAACAGCUGGCCAGAAAGCUAAAUUCCUGAUCUGGCAUAGCAACGAACCCAAUAAGGUGGGCAAAGAAAAUUGCGUUCAUUUGUAUUUUACUGGGUUUAAAAUGAAUGACAUCGAUUGCAUUCACCUGUUGAAUUUCAUUUGUGAAUUCGAUGGAUAGAUUUGUAAUUUUUGAUCUAGCUGGA